UCGGUAACACGUUGUGCUAAGGGUAACUCUCAUAUCCAGUAUUGCGAGUAAUACGCUGGUCGCAGCUCGUGUUUCUACGGUGUGGUCUUCAUUUUGAAACUGUAGAAGAAAGAGAGAAAUAAGCAACCGCAAAAUUACCAAUAUCGUAGGAAGGAUCGCUUAUAGGGGACAGAGGAUCCUGUAGAGGGUGACGAGGGUUGAUUCGUAGAGGAUAAAAAAAAAUGAGAAAAAAAGCAAGAACUUCAGACGUACUCUUAACAGUGGCGUGUCUAAAUUUGUUAUUGGUAUCCACGGUCUCUCAGGAGUUUUCAAAAAGCCUCGACGCGUCCGACAAGGAAGCUGAUCGCGUUUUGUCGAGACAGAAGCGCUAUCUGAUAUUUCCCCAAGGAAGUAAUAUACAGUUGGUAUACUGUCUCACGAUAGGAGCGUACGGCAGAAACGGCGAUCUCGUUUUGGGCCUUACGGCUGCAAUGGCUUGGGAAUUGCCAAGUAAAUUGGACAACAAAUUUCCAGAUUUAUUGCACAGACGAACGAGGAGCGUUGCGUAUCCAAAAAUAGAAGCGUUUUUAAAAUCAGCUGGAUUGGACGGACGGUCGUGCGUUUUAAAGGCCCUAUGCGAGGCUGGCCAGAGGCCAAAUUGGAAAAUUGGUCAGGGUACCUUUCUUCAGGAAUUGAUGCACGCUGUAUUCACUCUACCGAAGGAUGGCGGCAAAUUUGAAUCAGUCGAUCAGCAGGAUUACGAUCUAGCUUAUGGGUCAAAUGAAAAUUGCACCGAGCUUUAUCCAGCCUGCGAACACUCUGUGUACGACCUGGCUUUUUGAGUGAAAACGAAAAAAAAGGGAAAAUCAGAAAAAAGAGUUUUGUCGCUGAUCAAUUGAAAAAUUGGUAAUGGAAAGAAAAUUGACAAUUUUACAGAUGCAAUGCGACUGCAAAGAUUACGAAUUCUUUAUCUGUUUCACCCCUAUCAGUUAUAUUUUUAACAAAUCCAAAGAGAUAGGGGAUGAAAACGAGAAAGUAUUCUGUAUUAAAUAACGUUAUAAAAAUCGACGGUUAACUUGCCGCUAGACACUGCUGUCUCGCCGGCAACUUCACCGAUGAGAUUAACAAGCUAGGUUAAAUUAAUGAC